AUGUCUCCCUCUCCCAGAGAGCUUUCUCCCCACCCAAGUGCCCUUAGGGACGCUGCAGCAUCAUCAGAGGGGGACAGAGCCCGCAGGAGACACACAGUUCGUUUUGCCUUGAACUCCUCCCCCCCAAACAGCCCUGGUGGGCCCGCCGGUGGUCGCGCAGCUGCAGCAGCAAGAACAGCAGCGGCAGCAGCAGAGUCGCCCCCACGGGCACGCUCUCCUGCUGCUUCUGGCUCGCCAGGGUCACAGAGGCAGCAGCUGCAGCAGCCACAGCAGCAGCAGCAGCAGCAACUGAAGUCCCCAACGCGUUCAGCCACUACUGCAUCAGUCCUGUCAAAAGCAGCAGAAGAGCUUGGGGCCUCUGCUGCACCUUCCCGGGGGUCUGCUGCUCCUGAGGGCCCCCUGGGGCCCCAGGAGCAGCAGCUGGAGUUGGAGGCAUCUUCAGCGCAAUUCCACUUGGGGCUGUCUCGGCUAAUGAGUUCUUUUGAAGAAGAGAAUAAAAAGUCUCGUUUUAGAGGAUCUCAGGCUUCUGCGUCUGCUGCUGCUGCUGCUGCUCCUUCCGACGCCGCCGCGGCGUUGCGGCGGUCAGCAGCAGCCUUGGAAGCAACGCAAGCAGCAGCAGCAGCGAGAGCAGCAGCAGCUGCUGCUGCACAAGAGUCACCUCUGCAGAGUCCGCUGCCAGCAGCGCGCGGGCCCCACAGCCAGCAGCAAACUUCCCCUGCGCCCCCAGACAAGGCAAAAAAGGCUAAGGGAGAUCUUAGCAACGGGAAGCUGGGAAGCUCAUGGGAAUCUUUCUUGGAUUCUUCUUCCGGCAGCUCGGGGGCCUCUUCUCAGAGGAAUUCGCUGCAGGGUUCGCCGCGGGGGCCCCCACAGGGGGCCCCCGCGGCACAGGGCGAGGGGGUACAGGGGGCCCCGGGGCCCCCUGCCAAGCCGAGAGCGAGCCCCGCGACUACGGGAGCUGCUGCUGCACGUGCAGCUGAGGCGGCAGCAGCAGCAGCAGAAGAGGCAGCAGAAAAACGCACGUGGUCCACACACCUGCAGUCCCGCGUUUCGAGCCACCGACGACACCUCGACGAGGCUUUUGCUGCUGCUAGCGACAGCAGCAGCAGCAGAAGCAACAGCGGCACGGGAGCCCGGGCAGGGGGCUCUGCGCCUCCAGAUAUUUCUCGGCGUUUAGCCAUUCGUGAUCAUGUGCAGCAGCAAGUUCUGCUGCUGCAGCAGCAGCGGCAGCAGCGCACACGCCAGCAGCAGAUGCAGCAGGCUAUGCCUAUCCGCACCUCGCCGGUACUGAUUGACCCUAGACUUGCUUGCCGUGUCCCUCCGGGCUGCGGCCAAGAGCUCCUGCAGCAGCAGCAGCAGCAGCAAACUCAGCUGCACAAGCGCGGCAUGCAGCAGCAGCGAGAGAGCGAGCUGCUGCGCUUAGAGGAACAGCGAAUGCUGGCUGCUUUAGCGCAUGCAUCAAUGCGGCAGCAGCAGCAGCACCGCCAAGCUGCAGCACUCCUGGAUGGGCAGGUGGCAGUGCAGCAAAACGAACUGGAAAUCAUUCGCAUGCAAAUGAAGAACAUGAGAGCGGCUCUUGAAAGCUGUCGGUCUGCUGCUGCUGCAGAGAAAGAAGAAUUCCUGCAGCUUGCUACUGAACUAAGAAUGCAUCACCACAGCGGGGAAAGCGCAGUCACCAGCUCGCUAACUGCCAGGCAGAGGCUCAUGCUGCUGCUGCAGCAGCAGCUGCAACACUACAAUGAUAUGUCUACUAAGGCUCAGCUGCAGCAGCAGAAAAGCGAUGAGCUCCUGCAGCAGCAGCAGCAGGCUGCAGAAGAAGCUGCCUCCAGCCUGCAACUUCAGCAGCAGAAACAGCAGCAGGAGCUUCACGAAAAGUACUCUGCCAGCAUAGGCAGCGAUCUAAUGCAGCAGCAGCAAGUGGGCCAGUCCAUCGCAGACACUGAGAAAAAGGAAGCAACACUAAAGGCAGUGGAGCAGCAGGUCAGAGAUGAGCUAGAAAAACAGCAGCAAGCAUAUUUGCAGGAGAAGCAGCGGCUGAUGGAUGCACAGCAGCACGAGAGACUUUCUGCAUUGGAGGCAGAAAGGGCGAAGCAGCAGGAGCAGCAGAUGCUGCUUCUUCAAGAGUACCAGCAGCAGCUAGCUGAGGUACAAGCCCUCAAAGAGCAGCAGCUACUGGAACAGCAACAGCUCGAACAAUCCAUUGGGCAGCAGAGGCAGCAGCUGCUGGAAGAACAGCAGCGGCUGGAGGAGGAGCAUAGGCAGCAACAGGAAGCUUUGCAGCAGGAGAUGCACCAACAAGAAGGCUUGCGGCAACAACUUUUGCAGGAACACCAAAGGCAGCAAGAACUGCUGCUGCAGCAGCAACAGGAACUGGAGCUGCAAAGGCAGCAGCUGCUGCAGGAGGAGCAGCACCGGGCAGCAGAAUAUGCCAAACAAGCAGAGGAGCUGCAGCGAGAACAUCAGCUCAUGGAGCAGCACGAACUACAGGUGCAGGAAGAAAGAGACGAAUUGCUGCGGAUACAGCAACGCUUCCAGGAGCAGCAGCAGCUCAUGCUGCAGAAGCAGCAGGAAACCGUUCAGCCACGGCCUCCUGUGGCUCAGCAGCAGCUGCAGCAGCAGCUGGGCGAGCAGCAACAGAUGCUGCAGCAAAAGCAACAACAACAGCAGGCGGAGCUCAAGCAACAAGAACAGGAGCUUUUCAAGGAGAGCGCCAAGUUCCCACUGCAGGAGCAGCAAGAGGCGCAGCCUCUUGGGGAACGGUUUGUGGAGCAGCAGCGGGAGCAACAGCAGCAGGAGCAGCAGCAAAAGCAAGAGCAGCAGCAAAAGCAGGAGCAGAAGCAGCAGCAGCAGCAGCAGCCAGUGCCGCAAGAGCUUCCUCCGGACGAGAUGCAGCGGCUGGAUCUGGCCCGAUCAGCUCAGCUCGAGCAGCAGCAGCAUGCGCUGCAGGAGCAGCAGGAGCAGCAGCAAGCUAUUCUGGAACAACAGAUUGCCCAGGCAAAGCAGGAGCAACUGCAGCGGAGCAUUCUUCAGCAGCAGCUUGCACAGGCAAAGCAGGAGCAGCUGCAGCGGAGCAUUCUUCAGCAGCAGGCUGAACAAGCAAAGCAGGAACACCUGCAGCGGAGCAUUCUUCAGCAGCAGGCUGCACAAGCAAAGCAGGAACAGCUGCAGCGGAGCAUUCUUCAGCAGCCACUCGAACAGGCGAAGCAGGAACAGCUGCAGCAGACACCGCCGGAGCAGCAGCAGCCGAGCCAACCGGCUGUGAGCCCCGCACAUGACUCUCGAAUAUUCACAAGGGAAGAGGAACUCCGAAGAAUUGAAGAGAUGGAGCGAGCAAUUCGAGCACAGCAAGCCGAGUUGGAAGCCGCUCGGGAGGCCCCAAUCUCGAAAGCCGUGCUGCAGCAGCGAUCUCGCUUGCUGCUGCAGCAGCCACACGAACACCAAGGAGGGCUGCCGCCAACUCUCUCUCCUUCAACAUCAAGUCCGGCCUAUGUUCCAGCACCUACGGGGCUGCCACGUCCUGCUGCAGUUGCGCUGUAUGAGCCUGAGGAGGCAGCAGAAAGGGAGCACUACAAGCUGCUGAACCAGGAACUGCAGCGGCGCUGUGUUAGCUUGCAGCAGCAGGUGGUGCAACUCCAGGAGCAGCAGCAACAGCAGCAGGAUGGGGCCCUGCAGCAGGAACAGAUAAGCCUUGCCGUCCAGAAGAUGAAGGAGCUAGAGGCCUAUGCAAGGGCUCUAGAGCAGCAAAACAAGGAAUUGCUGAAGACCGCAGAAGACGCGCUGCAGCGGCAGAGUAAAGAACACGAAGAGGAUAUCCUGCUGCUGAAGCAGGGGUCUCAGGAGCAGCUGCAGCAGCAGGCGCAGGAGCACGAAAAAAGGCUUCUCCGGGAAAGGGAGCAACUGGCAUCAUUCUUCCGCACGGAAUAUGACAAAGUUGUUGGGCAGGCAAUGGAGGGGCAGCAGGAGCUGAAGCGGACUCAAAGCAUGCUAGAAGAGGCCAAAGUCCAGCAGCAGGACCUCGAGACGCUGCAGCAGCAGACGGCGGAAGCUCAGCAGGAGGCCCGCAGGCUUGCUGCUGAGUACCAGGCUGCUGUGCAGGAGAAAGAAACAGCAGCAGCAAAGGCUCAGGAGCUCAAGGCCCUCAAAGCUGCUGCAGAGGAAGAGAAAGAAAUGCUCUCGCGGUCUGUCGAGAAGCUGCAUGGGGAAACAGAGCAGAUGAGGCAGGAGCUACAGAAGCAACACGAGCAGCUGCAGCUGGAGAAGGGCCAGCUGCAGAAGCAAAUGCUGCGGGAGAAGGAACAGAUGCAGCAGGACCUGCAGCGAGCGCAGCAGCAGCUAGCAGCUGAGAAGCAGAAGCUAAUGAUGCAGCUGCAGCGCGACCGCGAAGCGCUGGAGCAGCAAGUCGAGAAGGACCGAGCAGAACUCGCCAGGGAAAAAGUAGACAGCGACAAGGCUCAGAGAGCUCUUCUGAGGAAACUGGAAGAAACAACAAGUCAGUCUAUUGCAAUGAAGCAGCAGGCAGACGCAGCAGAUUUCGAAAGGAAAGUUCUGGCGGCGCGCUGCGAAAAGUUGCAGAAGGAACUGGAGGAGCAGCAGCAGCAGCAGAACAAAAUCACAAAAGAAAGGCACCGCACGCUGGAAGCACAGCUAAAUGAAGAAAGGGCUCUGAACCAGCAACACACAGAACGGCUGAAGAGGCUGCACACGGAGCAGCUGGAUGAGCUUCAGCAAAAGUACGAAAAUGCAAUUGAAACUCUGAAGCGGAAGGGAACAGAAAAAGCAGAGAAGAAAGCUCAUGUGCUGGAGGAAAGACUGGCUGCUCUAGAAGCUGAGCAGGAGGAAAGAAUGAAAAGAAAGCAGCACCAGCAUCAGCAAGAACUCCAAAGACACAAAGAAGAGACGGACAAGGAAAAGGGAAUCCUGCAGAAAGAAGUGACCAGCCUCAAGCAAAAAAUCCAAGGAGAGACGGAAACGCUUCGAGAGAAACACAAAGAAGAGAAGAAAAGCCUCGAGAAGAUGUGGCAACAAAAGCUGGAACAGGCGACACAAAAAGUGCAGUCUUUGCAGGAGCAGCUGGAAGAAGAGUCAGAAAAAAGGAAGCAGUCCGACCGCUUUAGAAAUUCUCUGCUGCAGCGUGUCGAGCAAAUGGGCCAGGAAGUGCAAGACAUGCAUCGCCGUUUGCGGGAAAUGACGACAAAGUACGAAACGGUGAAAAGCAGCAGAGACAAAGCACUUGCGCAGCACGAGGGGUUGCAGGAAGAGCUGACGCGAAUCAAGCAGCAGCAGCAGCAGCUGCUCCGGCGAGCCGAAGAAGCAGAACAGCAGCAGCAGCUCCUACAGCAACAGCUGCAGCAGAAAACAAAACAGCUUGAGACUGCCAGACAAGCGCAGGAACGCACAAGCGAACAGCUGCAAGCAGCGAAUGCCGAUCUUUCCAAGCGGAGGCAAAGCAUGUUGUCUGCAAAUGACAAAUACAAGGAAUUGCAGGAGGCGCUCUCAGAAGCUUUAGCAGAAUCUUCCAAGAAGCAGCAAGAACUGUCUUCUUACAAAAAGCGCCUGCAACAAAAGGAGCAAACAAUCGAAGACCUGCAAGCGGAGCUGGAGGGCCUCGAUGGAAGACACCAGCAGGCGCUGCAGCAGGCUAAGUCCGCAACAUCUGCGCAAGCAGAAACGACGCGGCUAACAGAGGAGGCAGCGAGCCUCCGAGCAGCUCUGGCGGAGGCCAAGAGUAACUGCAGAACAGCAGAAGCCAAGCUGGAGGCUCGAGAAUCGGAGCUGCAGAAACUGCGAAAAGACACUGAAGCGGCCAAGCAUGAGGUAAAGGCCUCUUCUGCCACUGAAGCGGAAGCGUCAAUGGAGGCAAGCGCACUGGCCCAGCAGCUGGCGAGCUCACAGUCUGUGGUGAAUGAACUUCGAGAAGCAUACAAGGCAGAGAAGGAAAAGGCCGCAGAAGCACUCGCAGCACUUGCUGCAGCAAAGACAGCGGCAGCUCUUGCAGAAGAAAGGUAUAACCAGCUCCAAGAGAAAAUCCAGACUCUUCAGUCCGAGCGAAACAGGCUGGAAGCUCAAGUCGCCCAAAAGGCGCAAAUUGCGCAGGAAGCAAGAUCGGAGGCAGCAGCUGCCCUCCAGUCCAUGCGCGAAUGCUUCACAGACUUCAGCAGAGGUCAGGAGCAGAUGAUGAGGCACAUGCUGGAAAGCAUCGCCGCUAAGAACCGAGAGCCAGUUGCUGGUGCAGGCGUAUUGAAACUGCCUUCAGCCGAAGACCUCUCAGCCGCUGCGGGGGUUUCUGCGCAAGUGCAGCAGCUCAGCCAGCAGCUGACAGAACUAGCCAUAAAGCAGCAGCAGCAGCUGCAGCAGCCACAAACCGCCAGGGUCACGUCUGGUGCAGCUACGCCAGCAGCAAACAACAACAACGAAGCCCUACAAAUAAUCAAGCAACUUGUCGAGCUCAUUGCACAUCCGCAGGAGCAAAGACAACGGGAUACUCGCCAGCAAGCGCAGCAGCAGCAGCCUUCGCCCCGACUCUCAACGGCACAAGGAGCGGCCGCACAAGCGGCUUUGUCUUCUGAAGCACGGAGACUAUUCCGUAGCAUCAUUUCCUGGGUUUCCCGCCUCAAGGGCAGUAUCCCAGGGGUGUCUCUUCUGCAGGUUCUCCUUUCUUUGCCUUCCUAUGCUUUCCCGGAGGAGGCAGCCAACGCCAUUUGUGGAAUGGCUGACUACUUGUCCCCUCUAGCAGGGCUCGAAGGUUUAGGUAGAGUAGUUUCUCCUCCAGCCCGCGCUGCUGCAAUGUGGGAAAGGGCAAGCCGCAGCAGGCCCGUAAGCCCUGCAGUAGAGGAGCAGCUGCGGAGAGCGGUGCAGCAGGUGCACCAGCAUGCAGCAGCAACAGCCGGUGCGCCCCUGAAUCGGCAGGAUGACGCAGUUGCUGCGCUGCUGCGAGCAGCACCAGCAGCACACCCUAUGUCUGUAGUGCAUGCAACAAGAGGCUUGGGGCCUUUGUUAGAUACGGACACGACGCUGCAACUGCUGCGGCAAGCACAAGCUAGUGGAGCACCCCCUGUAGAACUGGCAGCAGCAGCGUACCGCUGCUUGCCAGUGGCCCAGGCAAACGCAUUCUGUGAAGAUCUACAGCAACAUAACGGUAGCCGCCUACCACAGAAGGAGCACCUUGAGUUAGUAGACGAGCUGCUGCUGCUGCUGCAGCAAGCUUUGCAGCUGGCAGGACACGCCCGACGCCAGCAAACAGCCCAAGAACAUGCACAAUACUUCUUUGGGCCGCCUGCGCCUCCGCCAUACGGCGGCGUCUUGGUGCCAAGUGUGUGCGCCGCGCAAAGUGUCUUUCCCGCCCCAGUUGCUGCUGUCCCAAGGGCUUUCGUGCCGUUGCAUGCGCCACCAGUGGUGCCCUGUUCUGGCACGGGCAGCAGCAGCGGGCCGGUGUCGCCUGUGGGCGGCGCUGCAGCAAUUGCUGGUGCCAGGCGGGGCCCAAAGAAAGCUUUCGCCUACCCAGUGCCACCCCGCAGCUUCGGCAUCAACGCGCGGCUCAACUACGAGGUGCAGACAAGUUGCCACACGCACAAGACGGCUACAUAG